AUGGCGCUGGUCGAGUACAGCUCCAGCGAUGAAUCCAACGAGGAGGAGGAGGAGGAGCAGCAGCCGAUGCCGCCAGAGAAUCGCAUGGACCUUACCGCCGAUGGGGUGGACCAGAUGGACUUUGCUAGCGGUGGAGGCGAUCACGUGGAAGUCGUCUCCGGCACAGCGCACGGCACUGCCGGUAAAGUGGACCUCGUGGACCUCACAUCCAGUGCAGUGGACAACACGCUCAGUGAACAGAUCCCCUCGGAGGACUCCGAGUCCGACUCGGACUCGAGCUCCGACUCCGACUCGAGCUCCGACUCGGACGGCCAGGAGGUCGCUGAGAAGGAGGAGGAGGAGGAGGAGGGAGGCGAGAAGGACAAGGCUCGGCGUGUCUUCGGGCCCAUGACCAAAGGAGAACUAUGCCUGCUGGACUUACCGGCCAUCGAGCACCUGCGCAUCUCGCUGCCGGAGGAGCAGUGCACGCGCGUGGGCACCGUGGCCAGCGUCGUCGAGUGUCUCGUGGUGGUACAGUCGACUCCCGGCUCGCCGCCGCUCGACAUCGACUCGGUGCUGUUCCUCGAGAGCGGCCGCCGCCCUCUCGGCCGCGUCUAUGACGUCAUGGGGCCGGUCCACCACGCCGCCUACUGCGUGCGCUUCAACAGCCCAGAGGAGAUCCGCGAGUUCGGGAUAGAGGCGGGCGCGGACGUGUUCUACGCACCCGGCUCGGACGAGUACAGCCAUUACGUGUUCGUGGAGGCGCUGCGCAAGUUGCGGGGCUCGGACGCCAGCUGGUGGGACUGCAAUGAGCCGCCGGAGAACUGCCGCGACUUCUCCGACGACGAGGAGGAGCGGGCGCACCGGCGCCAGGCCAGGAAGCGGCCGUUGCAGGGAGGUGCGCCCCCGGCCGCGGCGGCGUCAUCGUCGGAGGGUGGGCCGCCCCGACCCGCGCGGGGUCGAGGUCGCGGUCGGGGUCAGCCGCAGCCGCGCCCGCCCUGGAUGCCGGCACCGCCCCGCAACCCUUUCUACGGUCACCGGCCCCCAUCCAGCGGCGGCCCGCCACAGUCGUGGUGUGCGACGCCGCCACCCACCUGGCCGCCACCAGCUUUCCACACCGCGCCGCCGCCGCCGCCCGCGGCGUUCAACGUGCCUCCGCCGGGCCCUUUCGGUCAACCGCCGCCAUCUUUCUCGCGGCCGCCGCCGCCGAUCGGCGUGCCACCUACCGGCGGCCCCAGGCAACAGCCCGCCGCCGCCCUGGGCACAGCCCGGCUUCUGGGGCCGGCACUGGUGCAGCUCGUCCGGGUUAUCCCGCGCCCGCACUACGUCUACCGACCAGCUACUGCACACUCAGCAACGGUGUAG